AUCAUGGGUUUUGUUAUACGAGUAGGAUACUAAUGGGUUUGAUCGUCCAAGAUAUAAAUACCUAAGGAUGCAGCGCGAGGAGCCCAAGGCUGUCAUUCUGAAAUACCCAACUUCACUCUCCUCCUAUCAAAAUAUUUUCCAGUCAUGGUCAUCAUCCGCAAUGCAAAGUCAGAUGUGCUCUUUGGCUUCCUGAAUUGUUCUCUUUCUAUUGAAGAACUCAACCAAAUACAUGCCGACUUUGCCUAUGGCAGCCUAGCGCGUUUCAACCCAACUGUGGAGCUCUUCAUUCAAGACCGCCCGGAGCUGUACGGACUACCACACCAAGCAAUACGGUCGAAGCUUGAUCAAGAAGGCUUUAGGGAGUCCUUUCUCGUCAUUGACGCAGCAACGCCAUCAACAAGAUCUGUAUGGUAUAUCGAGCAUACCGGCGAUCCAUUCGAGGAAGACCCCGUCAUCACACACGAAGGGGAGCCUUUCUUUUGGAAAAUCCGACUGAAAACCGAAGACGUCCCCAUUGAGCACGUCAAUUAUGACAUAGCGAAUUCUAGUAUCAGCGAAAGGCUCGGAAACGAGACGGAUUUUGAGAAAUAUGAUCCGCACGCUUCACAAGCAGUUAGUUCAAAUGGCUAUAACUACGAAGACAGCGCAUGGUUGCCGCCGGCAUUCAUUAUCGCUGAACCGGGAGAAUGGGUUGAUAGUACUGCUGAGGAGCAUGUCUCUAAUUUCGUCACAUUUGACAACGGCGCCCGUCGUCACCCAGAGCGGGUCUUCAAGUUGAAGGAUGAUGUCGCGGAGAAGUUCGGGCUGCGAAAAGGAAAGUGGUCUACCGAGACCGCUGAAACUGCAGAAGGCUGUGUGUCACUGCAACUCGCAUUUGAUAAGGAUAGUCCAGUGUGGCAGAAACCCUAUAUUCCUCUGCAACACUAGAUCGACAGGGAAUAAGUUGAAGUAAUCACUUAGCUAUACAACCAUGCAAACAAUAAAAUAAGCCCAGCGCACGAACGGUUCAUCAUGUUUCAUUCGCAAUAAUGUGUACACAACUUUAUCAAACUUCUCAACGAUUCCCAUUAGUCGCAGUGUUCACACAGACACUCUCAAAGAUAACCCAAAUAUAUGUAU